GCGGCGCGUUUGAGACAGGUUGUGCUGGCCACAGGAAGCGCAGAGGUGGUCUCGAGGAUUCACCAGCGCUGGCUGGCGCGGAGCAGCAGCGCUCGACGCAGCAAGCGCAGCCAUGCGACGGCUCCUCCUAUGUGCUGCCCUGGCAGCCGCGACGCAGACCGAGCGCGUCCUCGUGCGCUUCGAUGAUUACGCAUCUAGUGAAAAACACCGCGCGACCGUUUCCAGAAAGCUGGGUCCCGAGGGCCGGCACUGGGCAUCAGCCGACCGCCGGCGGCGCCACCCCACCGAUUUCCUAGCAUUACAUUUGACGAGGGGCGCGCGACGAGCACUUAGAACUUUCAGAGUGGAUCUAGAUCGGAGCACACUGAAACCCUUAUGGAGGAACCUCACGCAAGCACAAGCGAGGUACAAGGUCAUCGUCGCCCCCGGCAAGGAAGCUUCUGAGACAUGGCACCACGGCGAGCGGGGCCAGAAUUCUACAAUAGCCAUCUUCGACACGGGAUUGAGGAGCAACCACCCCCACUUCCCGAAGCAACCGGACGAAAGAAUAAACUGGACGUCCGAACGGACGUUGGCCGACACGUUUGGGCACGGGACGUUCAUCGCCUCCGUAGUAGCUGGUAUUUCUGAGGAAUGUCCAGGAUUCGCACCUUCAUCAUCGUUAAGAAUCCACAAGGUCUUUACGAACCAACAGGUGUCCUACACGUCGUGGUUCCUCGACGCGUUUAAUUACCUCCUAUACAAGGGUGAUGUCGACGUCAUCAACCUGUCGGUCGGCGGGCCGGACUUCGCGGACCGGCCCUUCGGCGACAAGGUCAAAGAAAUAGUAGCGUCCGGUAUCACUCUUGUCUCUGCGAUGGGAAACGACGGCCCGGCCUGGGGGACCUUAAAUGCCCCCGGUGAUGCGGUCGAGGUGAUCGGUGUGGGUGCGUCGGAGGCCGAUUCAGGAAGGGUCGCGGCCAUCUCGUCGCGGGGCUUUCCGCUCGGCGACCGUAUUCCGCGCAUGAAGCCCGACUACGUCGCGCCGGGCAUGGGCGUCCUCGGUGCUAUUCCUGGAGGUGCUUCCUGUAGUCCGAACCACGGGACGUCGGUAGCCUCUCCUUCCGUGGCGGGUGUCGCUGCUCUUGUAGUGUCGGCAGCUCGAAGAGCGGGUACGUCGAUAAAAAACCCGGCCAUGGUCCGCCAGUGCCUCAAUGAAGCGUCUACUUCUACCAGUGAAUCGAUGUGGGCCCAGGGUUUUGGCAGGAUUAAUUCAUUAAAAGCAGUACAAUGUGCCGAGACGUAUACACCGCGCGUGACCCUCGUGCCACCAUCAUUUCAUCUAGAAAAGGACUGCCCCUACUUGUCACCGUUGUGCGACCAGCCCCUCAUACGAGGGGGGCUUCCCAUAUCUUUUAACGUCACCGUACUGAACGGUCUGGGAGUCCUGGGCCGAGUGACGGAUCUGCAGUGGGCCUCGGACUCGUCACUGGUCGUGGAGGCCCAAUACCCGGUCACGCUGUGGCCCUUCGCCGGGGCCUUCGCCGUACGAAUCAGAGCUUCUCCCGACGCGUCGAUCGGCGUACACACCGGUAAAUUGUGGGUGCGCGUUGAUAGCAAUGAGAAGACGUGCUCCGACGCGUCGAGUGACGGGCGGUGGGUCGCCUGGGAGAUAUCGGUGGAAAUCGCGGCAAAGCCCGACAAAAGGAAGCGGCUGCUCUGGGACGCGUCGCAUUCCCUGACCUAUCCCCCGUCGUUCUCGCCGCGAGACAACCUCAACCAGAACGCCGACCUGCUGGACUGGAACGGUGAUUUACCGUACACGAACUUUCGAGGGCUGUUUCGGAGACUGAGGAGCCGGGGUUACCAUAUAGAUGUAUGGUAUGAGGAUCUUAGUUGUAUUAACUUGGACGAGUACGGCGCUUUGUUACUUGUGGACGCCGAGGACAUCUACUCCCAAGACGAAAUACAAGCCGUCCACGCCGGUGGCACUUCCCUAUUCAUCGUGGCGGACUGGGCCGACGCCGCUCUACGGGAGCAGGCGCGUUUUUUUGAUGAUAACACGCAAGUGGCCUGGGAGCCCGCGGUCGGUGGUGCGAACGUCGUGGAGCUCAACAAAGUGCUGAAACCAUUUGAUGUGGCUUUGGGUGGCGGCGCGUGGGAAGGGGCGCUCCCGCAGGCCUUUGGGGCUGGUUCUAGGUUUGAGUCUGGGUCGGUCAUCGCGCGGGCGCCCGUUGGUAGUUAUGUCGUGAAAACUAGAUUAGAAAAGCGGGUGUCGCUGAAGCGCGGCGGCACGGUGAAAGUAGAGGCGCCGCAGGCGGUGCUCGCGGCCGUCUCCAGUGAUAAAGGUAGAGCCGUGGUGUUCGGCGACACGGGCUGUUUGGACGACUGGAAGCGGACGGGGCGCGCCUGCUGGGAGCUGCUCGAGGCGUCUGUUGCGUUUGCUGUAAGUGGUGUGCGGUCUCCAGCUAUAUUCCCCGACGGCGCGCGCCUGCAAGAGCCGUUGGUGAUUGGCGAGGUGCCUCUGGAUACACCGCCGUCGCCGCUGUUGAAGAAGUACUCGCGCCACUACGAUGCAUCGCCGCCGUACGUCGCGGACCCGCCUCCGAAACCACAGGUUUGUGGAGCGCGGGACAUGCGUGCUGUGGAGACCCGUGACGAGGGGUGGUCUCCUGUGUAAGUUAUGUGUGUUCCUA